AUGUUUUUACCGGAGAACGGUCUUUACGGUCUGUCAAGUGGUGGCGGCCUUCCGAAACUGUCCAAGGUUUCGGUCAGAGGGAGAUGGUGUGUAGCCACCGACAGAUGGAUACAUAGGUUUCCUAAUUUGACAUAUUUGGAUUUGGGAGAGUGCGGUCAGGUCGAUGAUGACUAUGCGGUUGAGAUCGAUGACGAUGCGUGUUCAAAAACCCUCAACACAUUGGUGCUGGCUUACUGCAAGGGUAUAACUGAUUCCGGGGUCUCACAUUUGCAGAAUAUGCAAUGCUUGGAAGAGCUGGUUUUGGAAAGCUGCGGGUACGGAAGGCUUGUCACUGAUAGUGGAGUUAUAUCUGCAAUUUCUGGUCACUCACUUUACUCCGACUCAGUCGUCUCCGAAAGUGAUGUCGAUGACUAUGCGUUAGAAGCAAUUGGGCUUGUGGGCAAUUUGAUAUAUUUGAAUUUAGAACUUUGCGGCGGUGUGUCGGACAAUGGUUUGGGAUUUUUAGCACAGGGAAGGUGCACAAAGACCCUCAACACGUUGGUGCUGGCUGACUGCAAGGGUAUUACUGACUUGGGGCUCUCGCAUUUGCAGAAUUUCCGAUUCUUGGAAGAGCUGAAUUUGAAAGGCUGUUAUGUCACUGAUACUGGAGUUAUAUCUGCAAUCUCUCCAGAUCGAUCAUUCAAGAAGUUGAACUUGGCUAACAAGUAUUUGUCGGACCAAAGCAUGGCCUUUGUUGCUGAGAAUUGCCCCAACUUAGAGAUUCUUGAUUUAAGUAGUUCUCAGGUAACUGGCGCCGGAGUUCGUGCAUUUUAUGGUCACAGGUGUCUACAGUCUCUUGUUUUGCGGUGGUGUCCUGAAUUUUGUUGGUCCGAUAUCGAGCACAUGGUGCUUGGAUGCAAGUCACUCAAGUCUAUCGUCCUGAGUAUGCCGCCUAUGCACUCAGUUCCGGAAAGCGUUAGCAGAAUUGUGUCGUUGAUUGAUGAGGGGUGAAGAAGGCUUCAACUUCACCUGGUUUGUUAUGUUAUUCCGUUGGUUUAUGUAUCUCUGUGUUGCUUUUUUUCGGUCUAAUCUCUGUGUUGCUUUGUAAAAAGAAUCUAACAUGCUGCAGUGCUAUCCCUCAAGAAAUUGAACUUGAGUUGAGUGUUUAUGUCUUUGACAAAAGCAUAGCGCUUUUACUUGUGCACUUUCCGGCCACCGCGGGUGCUUGAUAUAUCUUGUUUUACCUCGUAGGUGGCUCUAUGCCAAAGGUGGAAGAAAAUUAUGGUGCCUGGGAAAGGUUGUAACAAGUUGAAGUUGUAUUAGACCUGCAUUUGGACCCUUGUGUGGUAGAAGGUAGAUAUGUAAUUUAUAGGUGUUUGUGCAGAACUUAAAUUUGAUGCUUGGUUUUUUCUUCAAUUUUCAUGUCAAAGAAGGUGAACGGUGUUUUAAAAAU